AUGCGCGUCUUGACGGCGUCAAAGGGGUUCGACACGACGGAGCAGGCCACAGCAGCCAGGACGCCCGAGGAAAAGUUGACAGUGGCAGCUCGUGACACGCCCAUCCUCUUAUUUUCGGAGGUCUCUGGCGCUGAGCUGCUGCCGAUGACGACGCCUAAGCGCCAGCCCCGCGUAGGGGGCAUCGCGGAGCGCGGUGGCCCCGAAACCGGCGAAGAAGCCGCGGGGACCCUCGCUGCGUAA